UCUCUCUCUCUCUCUCUCUCUCUCUCCUUCUUCUUCACUUAGGGUUCGAAAUCUCACUCUCCGAUCUCAGCUCUACCCCAUCGGAUUCCAUCCCUCUCUUGAUUUCCGAGCUCUAAUUCAGCUUCGCCGGAUUCAAUCCCCCCAUAAAAGCAACACUCUUUCGCUCUCUUUUCAUUUCCCCCAGUUUCAACAAAUUAGGGAUUUCAAUUUUUCCAAGCUCUCAAUCUCAUUAGAAUCUCCGAUGGCUUCCAUGGGCGCCUCCUACUGGUGCUACACGUGCAGCCGCAUGAUUCGGGUCCGGGUCAGGGCCCAAGACUCGAUCUUUUGCCCCGACUGCGGCGCCGGAUUCAUCGAAGAGAUCCGCACCCCGACCCGAUCUCCUCUCAACCACCCAUUUCCGGCCGCCGCCAUGUUUCUCGACACCACGCCGGUCUCGCAGAGCCCGAGCCCGCGCCUGCGCCGGAGCCAGAGAAGCAGCCGCGACCGAUCUCCUUUCAACCCGGUCAUUGUGCUCCGCGGCCCGCCGGAUUCCGGAGCCCCGGCGACGGAGACCGACCCGGGGACGUUUGAGCUCUACUACGACGACGGAGCGGGAUUGGGGCUCCGACCGCUGCCGUCGAGCAUGUCGGAUUUCUUGAUGGGGUCGGGUUUCGACCGGUUGCUGCAUCAGUUGACUCAGUUGGAGACCGGGGUCGGGAGACUGGACCACCCGCCGGCGUCGAAAGCCGCGAUCGAGUCGAUGCCGGUGAUCAAGAUCGAGGACAGCCACGUGUCGACGGAGUCGCACUGCGCCGUGUGUAAGGAGGCGUUUGAGCUCGACUCGGAGGCGCGUGAGAUGCCCUGUAAGCACAUUUACCACAAUGACUGCAUUUUCCCCUGGCUUUCAAUUCGGAAUUCGUGCCCGGUGUGUCGUCAUCAGCUGCCGAGUGACGUGCGCGGCGGCGGAGGGAGUGGCAGUGGGAGGCCGUCGCUGGAGACUGCGCUGAUCGGAGAGGAGGAGACUGUGGGAUUGACUAUAUGGAGGCUGCCAGGAGGCGGAUUCGCUGUGGGGAGGUUCACCGGAGGGAGGAGGGCGGCGGAGCGUGAGCUGCCGGUGGUGUAUACUGAGAUGGACGGCGGGUUCAAUACAGCUGGUGGUGCUCCGAGGAGGAUUUUGUGGAAUACGAGUGGGAGAAGGACUAGGGAGAGUGGUGGUUUUGCUAGAGCUUUUCGGAGUGUGUUUUCGUUUUUCGGGAGGCUUAGGCCUAGCUCAUCUUCGAGGUCGAGCUCGGAGUCUGGUAUGGCUAGGAGAAGUCGGAGCAGUAGUGUGUUUGGUAGAGCUUCGCGGCGGAGGAAUCAGGGCUGGCCAUACGAUGAGGAUGAGAACUGAUGGAGGUUUAACUUGUCUUUUUAUGUUUUGGUUAUGCCUUUGAAUGGAGUUCUGCUAAUGUCUGUACAUUUAUGGUUUCUUUGUUGUAAAUAGCAAUACAGGUCGCUAAGACCCAAGAGUCUUUGAUUUGUGACUGUAAGAGAUGGAAAUUUUGAAUUGGUAGGACUAGUUUUGGACGUUCGGAAGAUCUGGAAGGAGGAGGAAGUAAGGGCUUAAGGUGUUAGAAGCUUUGUGGUGGGCAUUGUAGAAGCCUUUGUGUUUCUUGUAUCGUUGUUAGGAUUGAAGGCCUCUAUCUUGUCGUAGCAGACGAGCGGUGAAUCAACUUAGAAGCUGAUUGUUGCUUUUGGUCCAUUGUUGUAUUAGAAUUGUUCUUAUUCAAUCCAAAGCGAUUAAUUUCUCUCUU